GGGAGGUCCACUUUCUACCAUUCAACUCUGUUGACAAGAGAAUUGCUUUGACUUACAUUGAUGCAAAUGAAAAUUGGCACAGGUCAAGCAAUGGUGCUCCUGAGCAGAUUUACCUCUGGCUCUUUUUUUUACUUGACACAUGGUUACUAUUUGAAUGAUGGUCCAGGUAACGAACACGAGCAGAUGCGAUAGAAGUGUACUACAACUUAUUCGGCAGUCAAUAACCACAAAGUUUGCGAUUGCCAUCAUAUGGCUGCUGAAGCUGAUGCCCCUGCCAUUCCUCUUCUUACGCCUUACAAAAUGGGCAAAUUCAAUCUGUCUCAUAGAGUUGUUUUGGCACCCUUGACGAGACAGAGAUCAUACAAUAACGUUCCUCAGCCUCAUGCGAUAUUGUAUUACUCUCAGAGAACUUCUCCAGGAGGACUUUUGAUAAGUGAAGCUACUGGUGUCUCAGACACUGCUCAAGGAUUGAUACACACACCGGGUAUAUGGACAAAAGAGCAAGUUGAAGCAUGGAAACCCAUUGUGAAUGCUGUUCAUGCCAAAGGUGGUAUAUUCUUUUGCCAGAUUUGGCACGUCGGGAGGGUCUCAAGUACAGCUUUUCAGCCAAAUGGGCAAGCCCCGAUAUCUUCCACCGACAAGCCACUGAAACAACAAACGGGAAGCAAGGGCGGCGAGGAAACACAAUCGACAAUACCAAGGAGGCUAAAGACAGAAGAAAUUCCUGACGUUGUGAAUGAUUUCAGAGUCGCUGCAAGGAAUGCUAUUGAAGCUGGGUUUGAUGGGGUUGAGAUCCACGGUGCUCAUGGGUAUCUACUUGAGCAAUUCAUGAAAGACGCAGUGAAUGAUCGAAGUGAUGAAUAUGGUGGAUCACUUGAGAACCGUUGUCGAUUCGCUUUGGAGGUGGUUGAAGGUGUUGUAAAUGAGAUAGGGGCAGAAAGAGUAGGGAUAAGGCUAUCGCCUUUCACACAACAUGCAGAGUGUGAAGAUUCGGACCCCAUGGCAUUGGGGGUAUACAUGGCUAGUGCCCUCAGUAAAUAUAAUAUUCUUUAUUGCCACAUUGUGGAGCCAAGAAUGAAGACUGCGCUUGAAGUAGUUGAGUGCCCUCAGAGCCUUGUCCCAAUAAGAAAGGCCUUCAAUGGAAGUUUUAUUGCAGCAGGAGGUUAUAACAGAGAAGAUGGCAUCAAUGCUGUGGCUGAAAAUAAAACGGAUCUUGUUGCUUAUGGUCGGUUGUUCUUGGCUAAUCCGGACUUACCAAAAAGAUUUGGGCUAGAUGCCCCUCUCAACAAAUACAUCCGUCAGAAUUUCUACUCUCAUCACCCAGUUAUUGGUUACACUGACUAUCCAUUUCUUGAAUGAAACCACUACCUACAUCAUUCUUUUAUAAACCUCGCUUAUCCCAAUCUCUUUGUUGCUAUUCAAUGUUUCACAUUUUUUUUA